AGAGGUGUAUGUGUGGUGGUGGGGGAGUGUCAGUGAAUGAAGGGAUAAACGGAGUUUGUUUUGGAUGGGGGGCAGCCGGGGGCAGAGCUGCAGAGGGAGCAGAGACCGUGAGAGAGUCAGUAAACGACCCGCAUCUGGACGGAACCACAACGAGACCAUGAUGUACUCCCAUCUCUGUCCUGACACCCUCUGGGUCCCCCUGCUCAGUCUGCUGCUCCUCUGCCUCCCUGCAGCAUACACAGCUAAAUGUCCACAAGAGUGCGUUUGUGACCAGAUCCAGCUCACUGUGACCUGCGUCAACAAAAACCUGACCCAAGUUCCUCCUACUGUUGAUGAGAUCACAGUGAAAUUAGAUCUUCGAGGUAAUGACAUCCAGGAACUUCCCACUGGGGCUUUCAAACACACGCCCUACCUGACUCACCUGUCCCUGCAGCGCUGUAAUAUCCGCAGGGUGAAGGAGGGGGCUUUCCGUGGCCUCGGCCGCUUGGUCUUCCUCAAUCUGGCCAACAACAACAUCGAGAUCCUCUACCAGGAGUCGUUCGAUGGUCUGUCUUCACUGAAGCAGCUCAUGAUCGACCGUAACCGUGUGGAAGAGAUCCAGCCCGGAGCUUUCUCUCAGCUGGGCUUCCUCAACCUGCUUUCCAUCACACACAAUCAGCUGGUCUACAUCCCCAACAUGGCCUUCCAGGGUUUGCAGAACAUCAAAUGGCUUCGUCUCAGUCACAACUCUCUGAACUAUCUGGACACUGAGGCCUUCGCUGGUCUGUUCACACUCACCCGUCUCAGUCUGGACCACAAUGAGCUGCAGUUUUUUCCCACUGAGACCAUGACCAGGCUGCCAGAGGUGACCCGUCUGGACCUGAGCUAUAACCCCAUGACUUACCUCGGGGAAGACGCAGUGUCCAUGACUAAGCUCACCCACCUCUUCCUGGACCACAUGUCCCUGCAGGACAUGGCCAACACAGCUGUUUCUAAAUCUCCCAGCCUCACCCACCUGGACAUCAGCUACAACCAGCUGCGAGUCGUCCAGCCCCUCUCCGAAGGUUCACCCAAGGUGGCACGCCUCAACCUGGCUGGGAACCCCAUCUACUGCAACUGCUACCUGCGUCCGCUCAGGGAGUGGGCGAUCCGCAGCAAGGUGAAGCUGAUGGGGACGUGCGGAGGACCAGGCCAUCUCUCUGGAGAAAACCUGGAGGCCGUCCACCCUGCAGAGCUGCGCUGCCAGAGCCAGGAGGCCAUGCUGAAGGCCGAGUUCGAGGAGGCAAAUAGGAUCACACCGCCACCCACCGAAGAGCCAGAGAACAAAGUCAAGUGUCCUGCCAACUGUGUCUGUGAGGCCGAGACGCACCACUCUUCAUGUGAAAACCGUGGUCACACCAAAGUUCCUCGGGGUUUUUCUCCCAACACGCGCCUCCUCGACCUGCGCGGCAACCACUUCCACUACAUCCCCAGCAACAGCUUCCCCGGCCUGCCCCAGGUUGUGUCCCUGCACCUGCAGCGCUGCAAGAUUGUGGAGGUGGAGGGCGGAGCUUUCAGUGGGAUGAAGGGACUGAUCUAUUUGUACCUGUCUGAGAAUGAACUCACUUCCCUCAGUCCCGACGCCUUUAAAGGUCUCCCUCAACUGACUUACCUCCACCUGGAGAAAAACCGCUUCACCACCUUCCCCAAAGGAGCCUUCAAACUGGUGCCCAGCCUGCUAGCACUUCACUUGGAGAACAACACUAUCACCAAGCUGGAGCCGGGCGUGUUGAGCGGGGCCGAAGGCCUCAGAGCUCUCUACCUCACUGGGAACGCCAUCACUCACGUGUCGCCCAGGGCUCUGGACCAGGCCAGCGACCUGGAUACGCUCCACCUGGGAGGAAACAAACUGAAGGAGGUGCCCACCGAGGCGCUGACCAAGGCAGGGAACCUCAGAGACCUGAGGCUGUCCGGGAAUUCAAUCCGCUGGGUGGGGCCAAAUGCUUUUCGACCGCUGGAGAGGUCACUGAAGGAGCUGUACCUGGAUAACAUGGGGCUGGAGAAGAUGUCACAGAACUCCCUGGCAGGCCUGGGUCCAGGACUGAGAAGUCUCUUCCUGGAGGGCAACCAGCUGGAGGAGGUGCCCGAUCUCCACCCCCUCACCUCUUUGGAGGUCAUCAACCUGGCUGACAAUCCUCUGAUGUGUGACUGCCCUCUGCUGCCGCUACGCUUGUGGAUUGAGAAAGUCAACCUGAAGGUACGAGCCACCUGUGCCAAUCCCCCCGAGCUGAGAGGUCGCAGGGUCAAGGACGUCCACGUCUUCAAAGCCUGCCCCGGAGGAGAGGGCCUCCCCUCGCCUCCUACGGCCACCGCGAAGCCUGCUAAGGCGCCGAAGGCAACCAAACCUAAACCAAUGCACCUCAACGGCCUCAGGCACGUCAAAAUGCUGAAGGCCAAAUCCAAACUUCGCAAGAAUCCAAACACCAAACAGGCAGCAGCCAAGAAAACCAAGAGACGCAGCAUGGCUUGAACUGUCUGGCGUCUUGUACUGAUUUCUGGGGACCACAGCUUCCAAUAACUGACCAUAGUCGAAGAUUUUGAAGUUAAACAUUGUAUUGAACUCACUAGAAAACUGUAACCUCUGUUGAGGCUGAGCUGUUUGAUGAUUUGACACCUUUACAGCUUUUUACUGCAGCUGUUUUUUUGCAGUAUUUCCUCUUUGUUGUCUGAUUGA